CGUGAAUGGAAACUUACUUACGUUUGAUGGACAGUGUCCAUUUGCUGAUAUGAAGCCAGUAAAAUACGUUGACAGAUUUUUGAGAAAAGCUCCUUUAACAGUGAGAACAAUCGCUGAGUCGGCUCCAUUAAGUGGUACAAACCGGACCGAUGCAAUCGAGAUUUUUCAAAAAGAGCUCGAUAACAUUAUAGUUACACGUAUAAGUCGAUCGAAAGAAACAGGUCAAUGUCACAGAUUUUAUCUUCUUAUGAGACCUUCUGUUCCUCCUGGAAUGUAUGGUGCACUUUACCAAGCUGCGCCCCAUGCAAAUUUUGAAUACUCCAGAUCAGCAUUUUUAUCAUUUGAUCCAAUAACCAUGACUUCUGUUGGAUUAUCCUGCCGAAAUCUACCAAAUUCGAAAUUUCAGAUUGAAGUGGUUGUGUUGUCAACAUUCAAAUCAAGAUAUGAUGAAGCAACUCAGGAAGCUGUUAGGAAAAUUUUGGAAUCGAAUAAUCUUGGAUAUAUAAAUAUGGUUAGAAUUGAACACAAUAAUAGAUGUUUGGUACCAUAACUUAUCGGCGAUUCUCUCACAAAUGUAUACAUGUAUAUGUUGUGCCAAAAUUACGAUUUGUUUAAAAUUCCGUCUAGGUCUCAACGAGGGAGUGCACAC